AUGGCUUUUGAACUUCCCGACCUUCCCUAUGAUUACGACGCGCUCGCGCCCUACAUGUCGCGCGAAACGCUCGAAUUCCAUCACGACAAGCACCACCAAGCCUACGUAACCAAAGGCAACGAACUGGCUGCAGAAGCGGGCAUGGACGGGCUUUCUCUCGAGGAAAUCGUCAAGCAGUCGCAUGGCAAGAACCCGGGCCUGUUCAACAAUGCCGGCCAGCAUUACAAUCACAUCCACUUCUGGAAAUGGAUGAAGAAGGGCGGUGGCGGCACGUCGCUGCCGGGCAAGCUGCAGAGCGCGAUCGACAGCGAUCUGGGCGGCUAUGACAAGUUCAAGGCCGAUUUCGUCGCCGCCGGCGUUGGCCAGUUCGGGUCGGGCUGGGCCUGGAUCGCCGUCAAGGACGGAAAACUUGAAAUCAUGAAAACGCCGAACGGCGAGAACCCGCUGGUCCAUGGCGCGCAGCCGAUCCUCGGCGUAGAUGUGUGGGAGCAUUCCUACUAUAUCGACUACCGCAACGCCCGGCCGAAAUAUCUCGAAGCCUUCAUCGACAACCUCAUCAACUGGGACCAUGUCCUUGAAAUGUAUGAAGCUGCGACGAGCUGA